CAUGAGGGUGGGUUUCGGACCUACUUCUGCCUCUGACAUGCGAAAUCUAUGCAUUCUGGAACCCCUAGGACGGCCUGACGACCAGAGGAUACGCUGCAGCGUGAUCAGCAUGGUUGACGCAGCCGGUCGAGUUUACCCGCUCUCCUGACCUGCUGAAUCUGCCGGACGACGCGCCGUCCUGCUUGCUAAAACUCACAGGCGUGCUGAGAAACAGGGAGAACCAUCGGCCCACUUGGAACCGUCUCACCAAGCCUCCUCAGCGUUCGACAUGUCCAAGCAGAUCAUCACCGUCUUUGGCGCCACUGGAAAGCAGGGCGGUUCCGUUGUCGACAGCAUACUUGGCGACGCUACCGCGUCGUCCAAAUUCUCUGUCCGUGCGGUGACGCGAGACGCGACCAAGCCCAACGCGAAGGCUCUCGUGGCCAAGGGCGCCGAAGUGGUCUCGGCCAACCUAGACGACAAGGAGUCGCUCCGCAGCGCGAUCAAGGGCUCGUACGGCGUCUUCGCCGUCACGAAUUUCUGGGAGUACAUCGACGGUGACCGGGAGAUUGCUCAGGGCAAGAAUAUCGCAGAUGCCAGCAAGGAAGAGGGCGUCCAGCACCUCAUCUGGAGCAGCGUGCUUAACGUCACGAAGCUGACCAAGGGCGUACUUUCGCAAGUGGCCCACUUCGACAGCAAGGCCACGGUCGAGGAGUACAUCCGUGAUCUCGGCAUCCCUGCCACCUUCUUCCUCGCCGGUUUCUACAUGUCCAACUUCCCCGGCGAUAUGCUUUCCGCCUCGCCCGACCGCAAGUGGAAGCUCAACCUGCCCAUGCCCGACGACGCCCCCAUCCCACUCUUCGCGGCCGAGUACGACACGGGCAAGUUCGUCAAGGCCAUCUUCCUCAAGCGCGAGGAGACGCUCGGCAAGCGCGUCUACGGCGCAACGGCGUAUACCACGCCGGUCCAGAUAAUCGACGGGUUCAACAAGGUUUAUGGAAAGCAUGAGGUGUACAAGCGGCUGACUGGCGAGGAGUACAAGGCCACGCUUGCGGCGAAGGGGUACCCGGAGGCUCUACAGGAGGAAAUGUUGCAGAACAUGCGACUCGUCUACGAGUUCGGGUACUACGGCGGCGACAAUCUCGACUGGAGCGUGUCGCUCGUCGACGAACCGCUCACGACGUGGGAGGAGUACAUCAAGAACCAGCCUGCUUUUGCGGCGGCAAAGCAGUAGACGGAGAAAGGCGCAAUGUGUAUGACUGUCAUGAAGACCUUAAGUGUGCGCGUUGUACUUGUAUGUUUGAAGACUCCAUCGUCCGAUUCACUUGCUUCACGGCCAUGUUCGGUCCUUUGCUGCUAUUGCACACCGUCAACAUCCC